AGUGGUGGUAUCCAAGGGCGACACUACCAUCAAUUACGAUGACCUCAAAUCUUUCCUGCAGCGCUUCAUUUCAUCAGCAGCAGCGCGAGUGACACAGCUCCUCCAGCUCGCCAAGCAGGCCCUGGGCGACCAGAGACCUUACGAUGCCUUGAUCGAGAUGAAGGCUCUGUGCCAUCAUCUCACUGCCAUCGCCGUGUUCAACUGCUCCAUUCAACACCUGCCGUGCAGGAAGAAUCCUGUAACCGUCGCCCUCUCCAGAGUUUCCAUUGAUGCAGUUCAUUUAGGGCUCAACUGCAACCAACUCGCUAAAGGCAGCAACAGGACCCCAAGAUAUCAGCUUGCCCCUCCCUCCGUCGUCACAUUUUCAGCCUCAUCCACAGCUUGUUCAUCCCUCUUGAUAAGCGACAGCACGCCUUCUGAAGCAGAAAUUUGUUUGGCAAAGGACUGGGUUCGAUACUGCACCGCCUGUCAAACCUCCAAAAUUCAGCUACACACCGAAAUGGGCCCCAGAUCCUUCCACCAGCCGAAGAGGCGCUUCACACACAUCCAUGUUGAUAUAAUGGGUCCCCUACCACUAUCAGAAGGACAUCGCUACCUCUUCACCAUAGUGGGCCGUCCAACUAGAUGGCCUGAAGCUAUUCCUAUAUGUCCAACGCCAGUUCCACCUGCCCACCGCUCUGCUCUCUGGGUGGAUUUUGAGAUUCAGCAUCCCUACCCAAUCACGUCCGACCAGGCACGCUUUUCACUUCACAGCUCUGGAUGUCCCUGGGGCAGCUAUUGGGCACCUCCAUCCAUCACACAACGGCCUACAACCCGGAAGCUAACAGCAUGGUGGAGAGUUUCUAUAGAACCCUGA